GUUAAUUUCACUGAUCUCGCCGAUGUUAGUUUUGUGCAUUUUGUUUCCGGGUUGGAUGUAUAGUGGCUGCUGAGGGUGAAACUGAAGAGUGUUUUUGUGGAUUUCUUCAGCCUGUUGUCAACUUGUGCAUGUUUUGGGAUGAUGUACGAGGAGGUACAGAAGCACUCCGUGCACACCCUGAUUUUCAGGUCAUUGAAGAGGACCCACGAUAUGUUUGUUUCUGAUCAUGCCAAACCUGUGUCGCGUGACGAAACCAGCCACAAAGUGAAAAUGGCUAUCAAGCUUCAUGUGGAAUAUGGCCCAGUGCGUCACUUACCAGCGAUAAAAGAAGAGAAGGAGAAGACUGCUCUUCCAGCUAUCCAGUAUGGGAAUGAGCAGAGUCUGGUAAAUGAGGCUCAGAGUCCACAAUAUAUGAUAACUGGUACCCACCCGUAUCCUUCAGGGCCUGGUGUGCAGCUAAGUGAUGACACUCAACUGCAGAAGAUGCCAAGUGAAGAAGGAGCUCAGUCUAUGGCUCUAGCCAUUUCUGCCCAAGCCAGGCAAAAUGCCACUCGAACUUCAGCCAGUGUGUCUGAUAUUUUAAAACAUGCCUCCAGUGCUGAGCGAUCACAGGCACCUGCUUCAUCUGUGGUUCUUGAAGGCACAAAGAAUUCUGCUCUAGUUUUGAAGAAGGCUCCUUCGAUGCCCAAGCCACAGUGGCAUCCACCUUGGAAACUGUACAGAGUGAGUUUUCCAAACCGAGGACAAAGUAAAAGAAAGUUUAAGGUGCGAGUAGAAGAGCACAUUAGAGAUAUAAAAAAGAAUAGAAUGGAAAGCUCUAUAGCCAUGCACUAUUUUGAGAAACAUGAUGGUAAUUAUAUGCUAUUACAAGCAACUAUUCCAGAGAAAGUUUUUUUAAAAACUGGUGAUGAAAGGUUGUUAAAAAAUGCGCUGCUUUUUAAAGAAGCAACUUACAUUUUAAAAUAUAACACUCUUGUACCAGUGGGACUUAAUCUGGAGCUGGAUUGGAAGUGUUUAAUUUAA